AUGUCUGAUAGCUUAUCCAAUAACAUUAUGAAUCAACAAAACUCCUUAUCCAAUGUACCUCAAUCUGAAAUUGAAUCAGACCAAUCACAAUCAAAUGAACAACCACAAAAGAAUCCUCCCGAUUUAUUAACUCCAAAUCACUUGAAAGCUUAUCCUUUGGUCAAUACUACAAAAUCAGCCCUUGGUUAUGUUCCACUCUCCAAAACUAUGUUUUCAAUUUGUAAUUCUUCAUUCCAAUUUGCCAGAAGUUAUCAACCGAUCAAGUUUGUUGUUGGGAUCAGUGAUAGAUAUGCUAAUCGUGCACUUGAAGAAAUGGAUAGAUGGUUACCUAGUUUACAAACUGUCGAAGUACAAGAUAUUACUACCCCAAUUACCAAGCCGGUUACUGCUACUAUUGAUUCUGUCCUGAAUAGAAUUACAACCAUAAAUGGAACUGUCCUGAAAACUAUUGUUGAACCAACACGAGGAGCUAUUGAAACUGUAAAGGAAGAAUUCCAUUCCAAAGUUUAUGAUUCUGAUGGAAAGAGUAUAAUUUCAAGUCAAGCUGAUCCAGUGGUUGCUCCAUUUAAUAAUACUUUAGAACAUUUUGUGGGCAAUCAUUUCCCUGAUAGAAAAGUCCCCCAAGAAGGUCAUUCAAGUGAGAUAUCUCGUACUUUCAAGAUUAUGGGUAGUAUGAUUAGAGGUGACAAGGAUAAAUCAAAAGUUGCUGCAAAGUAA